AAAUUUCCAAACUCCUACAGCGAGUUUUCGUGCGUUUGCAUAACUUCGCCGGCAGUUUAGCAUCGGUGUCAUGGUACUAGGCCAUCCUACUCUCUGGGGAAUUACUCUACUGCAUUUUUUUUGGGUCCAUACUCCCCAGCUAUAUAUAUAUAUAAGCCAUAACCUGACCCUGCUCUUUUCCAAUAACAAGAACAUUUUAUUGAUGACAACAGAUAUCGUCCAUUCCUCCUACUUACUCUCCUAAUUUCUCACUAACCAGUCCACCCAUCUCCAAUUCUCCACCACCCUUCGGUCAAUUUGCUUCUCUACCCAAAAAAAAAAAAAAACCAAAAAAAAAAAAAAGUUUCAAUGUCCAAAGACUGCCCAUCCCAACUAACUCCUUCGUUUUAAACGACUCUAUAUAUAGCGUCAUACCACCACUACCACUGCUACAAACUACAAAACUCACAGACUACCAAUUCUUCAAAGGUGCCGCGAAAUCUCUGAGUGCUAGUUACAAUAUGUCCCUCUCGCUCUCCGUUGGUGAAGUUCAUGUUGACGGCCACGUUUUCCCUCCGGCCGCGAAGAAGCCUCCUGGCUCUAAUCAAAACUUUUUUCUGGGAGGAGCAGGGGCGCGAGGAUUGGAAAUUGAAGGCAAGUUUAUUAAAUUCACGGCUAUUGGAGUUUACUUGGAGGAGACCGCCAUUCCGUCACUGGCCGUUAAGUGGAAGGGCAAGACUGCAGAGGAAUUAACGGAAUCCGCUGAGUUCUUCAGAGACAUCGUUACAGGUCCCUUUGAGAAAUUUAUAAGGGUGACGAUGAUCUUGCCCUUAACGGGUAGGCAAUACUCAGAGAAGGUUGCCGAAAAUUGCGCUGCUUAUUGGAAAGCAGUUGGAAUUUACACUGAUGCAGAGGAUAAAGCCAUUGAAAUGUUCCUUGACAUCUUCCAGAAUGAGUCCUUCCCACCUGGAGCCUCUAUUCUGUUCACCCAGUCACCUCUGGGAUCAUUAACGAUUAGCUUCUCGAAGGAUAGUUCAAUUCCUGAGGUCAGCAAUGCAGUUGUAGAGAACAAGCUACUGUCAGAAGCGGUGUUGGAGUCCAUAAUUGGCAAAAAUGGUGUUUCACCUGACACAAAGAAGAGUUUGGCAAUACGUUUAUCAGACUUACUGAAAGUGUUCGACAAUAAUAAUAAUAAGAAACUUGAGGCCGACGGGGCUAUUGCUGCGGAAGCCCCGGACGAAAAGCAGGUUAAUGGCGUGAAAGUUCCGGUACAAGUACCUUAAGCUGAAUGUAAUGUGGCCUACCUUUCUAUUGCAUUCUGCUUUGGAAGAGUAUAAAUGAACUCUCUUUCCACGUCUUCUUGUAGAUCAGCUUCUACUAUGUACUUGAAUAAUAGUUACAGAGUUGAUAUUGUCAUGGUUUUACCUAUCUUUAGCUUGCAGCCAUAUUGUCGCUGAAAGCCUCAUGGCAUAGUGUUCAAUUGUCAACUAACAUAUCUGAGACAUGCUCAUAUUUAACAAAUUAUAUAUAUUAAUUUUCA